AUGUCUAGCGAUUCUCAAUCAAGUCGGGCGAUCCUCGUCACAGGUGCAACCGGUAAGCAAGGCGGCGCCGUCAUUGAUGCACUUCUGGAGUCAGAGAGCGGCAGCGCCUACAAACUCAUCGCCGUUACUCGCAAUGUUGCGUCUUCCAAAGCCAAAAGCUUAGUAUCGCGUGGAGUCAUCGUCAUUCAGGGCGAUCUCAACGACGUUCCUGCCAUCUUUUCCGACGCCAAAGCAGUUCUGAACUCUUCGAACACUGAUCUUUGGGGUGUAUUUAGUGUACAAACGGCCAUUGGCAAGGGUGCGUCAGCAAAACUCGAAGAAGCCCAAGGCAAGGCGCUAGUCGAUGCGGCUCUAUCCAAUAAUGUCAAAUUCUUCAUCUACAGCUCCAUCGACCGAGGCGGCGACGGCUCAUACGACAACUACGUUCCUAGUGUAACUCACUUCGUCAGUAAAUAUCGCACCGAGCAUCACUUAGUCGACAAUGCACGCGGCAAGAUGGACUGGACCAUCCUUCGACCCGUAGCUUUCAUGGAGAAUAUGGAGCCGGGAAUGGGUAUCAAGAUCAUGGGUACAUCAUGGAGAGUUGCCGUCAAGGAGAAGCCUCUACAGUUGGUGUCCGUUAAGGAUGUGGGAAGAGCCGCCGCAAGGGCUUUCCUUCGCCCCCAAGAGUUCGCUGGCAGGCAGAUUCCAUUGGCUGGCGACGAGCUUACACUGGAGGCUGCCAGUACCAUCUUCAAGUCUAAGAAGGGAACGGAAAUUCCAGAGACGUUCCAGUUUCUGGUCAGAUUCUUGCACUGGAUGAUCCCCGAGUUUGGCGCUAUGUACAGGUGGUUUUACACUGAUGGAUUUGGGGUCGAUAUCGCGGCCGUGAAGCGAGAGGACCCUAAUAUGUUGGACUUUGGUACUUGGAUGGAGGAAGAAUAUGAUCAGGAUGAAAAGCGUAUCUGA